AUGGCUCGUACCGGACUGCAGAAAGAGGUGAUUGAGCUGUACAGGAGAGGUGUACGGAAUGCCAUGUCCAAGGCGCCUGAUCAGCGCGAGGCGUUUCUUAUUCAUCUUCGAUACACCUUUCGCCACCCGCCCCUCACGCCGCGAGACUUUACGGCGAUUGAGCACCAGAUUCGCAGAUUCAGGCGCACGCUUGAGAUGCUCUCAGAGCCGUCCACGCAGCGUAUAGGGCUGAGCGAUGACAUGCGGUAUUGGUGGGCGAACGAGGUGGAGCGUGCGCACGCGCGCGCGGCCAUUGCAGAGAUGAAGAAGGCCAAGGCAGCCAAAGAGGCAUCCUCCGAAGUGUAGCGUCUCCGCACGCUCCAUCACCACCGGCCAGCUUUCGGAACCAUUGUUGUACACUAGCUGCAUAUGAAGCAUUACUCAAUAUAUCCGGUCACCGCGUAUGGAU